GGAAGUCAAGAUAUUGCACAUUCCUCUGUAAACGAAAUUGGUGUUCAGCAAAAGGAAGAUAAUACCGAUACCGAGGUGGCAAGAAAUUUAGAAAAUAUUAAGUUUGAGUUUGAGAAAUAUGUUGACGUGGGCUUGUGGCCAGAUUUGCUAAAUAAUGAUUUUAUUAAUUUCGUCCCAUCACAUGAAAUGACUGACUUUUAAAAUAAAGAUCCGAAGAAUAUAUAUUCAAUGAAGACAUAUAAAGAACAAAACAGAUCUUUUUCAAAUAGGUAUUUCACUAGAAAAAUGAAAAAUGGCUAAUUACUGGAAAGAUCUUGGUUCUGUUGUUCAAAAAGAAUUGGUACUGUUUUUUGUGUGACUUGCAAACUUUUUUCUAAAACUCCUUCUCAAUACACAACCGGAUUUUCUGAUUGGAAACACACAGGAUUUUGUUUAGAAAAUCACGAAAAUUCUAAUGAACUUUAAAUGACAUGUGGUUGACACGAAAAGAAAAUAAGUCUGUUUUAGACAAGAAGCAGCAAUUAAAUUAAGAAACAGAAUAUUAUCACAAUGCCCUAAAACGGGUUAUUGCAGUGCUAAAAUUUUUGAGUAUAAGAGGCAUAGCACUUAGAGGUCCCGAGGAAGUAUUUGGUUCUCCGCAUAAUGGUAAUUUUAUGAGUGCUCUAGAGCUAUUGGCAGAAUUUGACCCAUUCAGACGUGAACAUAUUGAACAACGAGAGCUGCGACCAAACCCUGUAAUAUCAUAUUUAUCAAAAAUAGUAUACGAGGAAAUAAUUGAGAUUAUGGGUAAACAAAAGCCUUUUUGGAAACAAAUGGACUACUUACUACUGGAUAAUUGCAGGAUACAGUCAUAUGACAACGCUGCUAAUAUGGCCGGAAUCUACAAUGGUGUACAAGCACUACAAAAAGAAAAAAAAACCGAGGGUUACGUGCCAUUUGCUGCGCAUUCCCUUAUCCUAGUUGGUCAAGAAUCAGUGAAGGUUGCAACCGAAAUAGUAACUUUUUUUGGAAUAGUGCAACAAAUAUACGUUUUCUUCUCUGCUUCGACCCAUAGGUGGGAACUGUUAAAUCAUAAACAAAACUAAAAUUUACGUUAAAAAGUUUAAGCCAGACCUAGGUUUCCUUAUUCAGAGGCCAGACCAGAUGGUCUUGUCACUUUGAUGCUGUCAGAGCUUUGGUGUGAAAGUAAUUAUGAUGGCAAUAUGAAAAUUCUCAAUAGUUUCAAAAUGACGAUGAAAAAGUUGAUUUCCGAAAAGAGGCACGAAAUUUAUUUAAUAAACUGGCGAAUCUAGAAACUUCAAUUUUGAUUGUUUUUUGGGAAGAAAUUGUGGUGAGAUUUAAUGUAGUUAAUAAAAAAGUACAGAGCCCUGGUUUAGACAUUGGUGAAGGCAAUAAGUUAAUUGUGUCAUUAAAAGAGUUCGUGAAAAAAUCAGAUCAACAAUCAGAUCAGAAGCUAAAGGAAUACGAAGAGAAAGCUAAAAAAAAUAAGUACUAGUAUAGGAACAGACUACAGUGACAUAAAUAAGAGACGCAUUACUUCAAAAUUUUCAUAUAAAUCUACAGAUAAAGUCUCAGUAAACGGAUUAUGGAUUUAAAUAAUAGAAGCCAAGCCUAUGAGACCUAUAUAAAAAAAAUGUAAUGGAUUUGCAAGACAAAAAUCAAGAACACAUAGAUCUGGAAAGUGUACGUAAUAUUAUUGAUUAUUAUCCAAAUGACGUAGACGAACAUUUAGUGAAUGAGUGCAUUCAGUUGAAAUCUUACUUACUGCACUGUGUAAGACAGAGUCUUACACCUCUUGCAGUGAAAUUUUUUGCCUAAUUUAUGAAAAGAAACUUGUUGAUGUUUUCCCAAACUGCUAUAACAUCUUAAAGAUUCUUUUAACGAUGCCGAUCACUAUCUGUGAUACAGAGCGUUCUUUCUCCAGGAUGUCGUAUAUCGAAAACAAAUACAGGACAACAAUGUCGAACUAUCCACUAAAUCAUUUAUCAUUUCUUUCGGUAAAUUGCGAUUUAACAAAGGACCUACAGUGCGAUGACCAAAUAAAAGAAUUUGCAGCACAAAAAUGCAGAAAGGUAGCUUUAUAAGUUAUAUAACAUAACCAUUUUAUAACCUGUCAAUUUAUUUUGCAAUAAAUAAUGUUUUAAUUAAAUAAGUAAAAUAUUUUGUUUUCCUAUUUUCUUCCUGUACUUAACAUAUAUUACAUUACAUAUACCUACAUCACUACAGAAAACAGUUUCUUGUCAAAAUGGCAAUUAGUUGAGUAAUUAGGCAGGGCCCCUAAGCAGUAUUAGCCCAGGGCUCCACAAAUUCAAGAUCCGCCCCUGUUUACAAUAUUCUGUACAACAUACGUAAGAAUCAGUCCUCAGACUGUAAGUAAAGUGAGUCAAAUUUUUACGUGCCUGUGCCACCUGACACCUGAAAAUUGGCCCACUGCACAGGUUAGCGAGUAUGUAUACGUUCAUUGUACACACUAAUACUGGCUCAAUUAUACAUAUUUUGUCCAUGAGAAAAUAAGUAAGGUCGGGCGUCUUAGGAUCUUGAAUAUAACAACGGCUCCAAAAGGUGAGUAGUGUGUUUUAACUAACAUGUUACAAUAAUUUUACACUAGCUGUGCCCUGCGUUGUUGCCCGCGCCUUAUUAGGGAUAUUUAGUCCAGGGUGUCAGCUAACUCCAUACCAAACCAAAUACAUUAAUAAACAUACACACUCACACACUCGCAAACUUUCGCCUUUAUAAUAUUAGUGUGAUGUAAUAUUUUUAUUUUAGGCAUUUAAGUUCUUACUAGAUUUAUAAAAGUAAAGAAAAAUUUACUAGAAUAAAUCCCACCCGGUCCAUUUUUAUGUUAACGUCAACUUAGAAGAAAAAAAAUCACAUCUUUAAGGGACCGUCGACUUUAAGCGACAGACGGACAAAGUGACCUAUAAGAGUUCCUUUUUUUUCUAUUGAGUUACGGAACCCUCUCACUACUCAUUAUAAUUCAUCAUUAGAUCAGCAUAAAUUUGUAUGUAAAAUGUAGAAACAUUUACUUAUAGGCAUGAUUUUCGUUUUUGUGUUCCGUUUACUUAGGAUGAGAAGGAAGUGCAAAAAAUACUGCAUUAUUAAAAUUGUACAUUCAAAUGCCUAUAAUGCCGUUUCCAUCGCCAACAAUGAAGCUUACGUCUUUAUUCAAAUUCCUAAUUGCCCCUUAAUUUAUAUUCAUACCUAGUUCAGGCGUAUUGUAUCCUGCUGUUGUAUGAAAGGACAACGCACAUAAGUACAUGAAUAAGCAAAUAGUCUCCCACAGGAUUGUUGGAGCAAGUCCAAAUAAGAAAUAUGCACCAUCAGGCCGCGCCACUGGAGGGAGCCAGGGUUAUCGCCAAAAGCUUUUAUUAUUUAUUUAUUCAAGAAACAUGCUCACAUAGACAGACUCGUCUUUCCCAGUGUGCACUUUGGGCAAGUGCCCAGGGCCCUGCGAUCGAUUGGGGGCACCCUCAGAUCAAAUACAAAGUCCCUAGUUCCUGUAAAUCACUAAACGGCAGUCAUAGGGACGCCAUUAUCCUAAUAUGCCCAGGGCCUCCAAUUAAUCAAAAUCAAAUCAAAAAAUCAAAUCCUCCAAUCAAGUCAAAGACGGCACUGCUUAUAGAUGUAGUUCCAAUUGCUAGUAGAACAUAUAUACAUAAUAUAUCUAUCUAUACAAGGAGCUUGACUGCGCAGGUGGUUAGCGCGUUCGGCUGCGAUCGAUGAAGUUAAGCAACUUUCGCAAUGGUCGGUCAUUGGAUGGGUGACCAAAAAACUUCUAACUCGAGUUCCUCCGUGCUUUGGAAGGUACUUUAAGCCGUUGGUCCCGGCUGCAUCUGCAGUCGUUAGCACCCGCCAAUCUGCACUGGGCCCGCGUGGUGGGUCAUGGCCCAAUCUCCCUAUUCCAUUCAUAGGGAAGCCCUGUGCCCCAGCAGAGGGGACAUUAAUAGGCUGAUGAUGGUGACAUAAUAUAUCAAGUAGGUAUGUAUAGUUAGUGCAAUAUUGAGUAUAAAGUUUUCUUUUAAUUAAUAACUUUUAAUUUAGUAAAAGUUUACAACAAUAUAUCAUUUAUAGUUAUUCUGGGUUACUGAAAUUAUUGAAUUUAGCAUUAAUACUUUUAAAUGUGCUGUAAGCAAGCAUUAUUAAAAAAAAUAUUCAUUACGUUUGUCCCUUCUCAAGUUACGUAGUUACAAUAAAAUAUAGGUAUUUUUAAAUUAAUAUAAUAUCAUAUAAUUAAAAGGUAUUAUCCUUUCCUUUAAAUGGAAUCCAACCAAUACUCAGAAUUGCGAUCAUGGAUUAUAGUUAUUAAAUUUAUAAAUAGUUUAGUAGUUAGUUUGUAGUGACUUAUUUUAUAAAAAUUGAAGCUGAAAAAGAAUAAUAAGUAGCACAAUUAAUAAGUCGCAGAAUUUAUUAAUAAAUAACUUGACAGCGAUGACCCUAUAUUCGAAUGCUGUAAAUAUUUCUGAUGCUGACAACAUAAAAGAGUUUUAUCUGUGCAGAAUUGUUGUGAAUAUUCAAUAGAAACAUCGAUUAUAAUAGCUCUCUCUCAUAGUAUUAAUAAUAAUAAUAAAACAGAGCUUGCAACUGGUACUGGCAAAUAAAGUUCAGUUAUAAAAUAUUUUAUUUUAUUAUUAAAUUAAUGAGCACAUUCUUAUGCACAGCACCGCACAAUCCACACAUGCCAAAGAGGUCAAAAGAGGGUCGAAUUGUAAAACCUCCUUUAUCGAAUAACCUUUGGCUCUAUCUGGACUGUGUGUAGUGGUUAAAGUACGUCGUUAAGCAAACAAAUGUGCGUUACGAUAAAUAAGUAUAAAAAAAUGCAAUGUCCUAAAAUUAUAUGUAAAAGAUUAAAAUCGGAAACAAGCAAAAAUUUUUAAUUGUUUUUACGCAUAGGCACAUAAUUUUAACUUUCAGAAUUAGUUGACCCACUCGCUUCGCUUUAUUUGAUUGUGGAGUAAAAAAAUGACCGCUGAAUGACCUUUACAUCUACGCUACAGGAGAUAGUUUCCGUAAUAAUAGAGGCUCUCUUACUAUAAGGAGUCGGCUAAUGGUACUGUCACAGACAGAUUUAUGCGGUUAUUGUGUAUGCAAUAAACUACAACACGCAACGCACUAUCGCCACCACACUGUAAAUCAGUUGUAAUUGGCAUCACAAGAUUUGGUCUCCAGUUAGGAGGCUUUCGAAUGUUU